GAAAAGCCGCAAAAAUGAGAAGAGGCUUUGUCAGUUAUCUUCUCUUCACCUUUCUUGGAUUUGUUAUCUCUUCUACAUCUUCUUCAGAUCUUGACACCCUCAUGAAGAUUAAAGCUGCACUGAUCGGAGCAAAAGUUUCUGGGCUUCAUGACUGGAAGCCUUCCUCUGUUUCGAACUCACAUUGCUCUUUUUCAGGAGUCUUAUGUGACAAUGAUUCUCGUGUGAUUUCCCUCAACGUCUCAUCAGUUCCACUCUUCGGCUUCAUUGCGCCGGAGAUUGGAUUGUUAAAUAGGGUCGUCAAUCUCACACUCACUUCAACCAAUCUCACCGGAAAACUUCCCAUUGAGAUUGCGAACUUGACUUCUCUCAAGUUCUUCAACGUCUCCGACAAUUGUCUGAUCGGUGAACUCCCUGAAGAAGUCGCUGGAGGUUUACCAGAGAUGGAGGUUUUCGACAUCUAUAACAACAACUUCUCAGGAAGUCUACCUCUCGAGAUCGUCAAGCUCAAGCGAAUCAAGCAUCUGGAUCUCAGCGGUAAUUAUUUUACUGGUCAUAUCCCUGAUAUAUACUCUGAGAUGCAGAGUUUGGAGUUCUUGGGUUUGAACGCUAACAGCCUCUCCGGCAAAAUUCCGGCGAGUUUGAGCCGCCUAUCAAACCUUCAGUACCUUUUUAUGGGGUAUUACAACUUAUAUGAAGGGGGUGUCCCACCUGAGUUCGGCUCCUUUACCUCUCUCCGGAGGCUCGAUAUCAGCAGCUGCAACCUCACCGGGGAAAUUCCGGCGAGUUUGGGGAAUUUGAAACUAUUGGACACGUUGUUCCUGCAAUUCAACAAACUUACAGGACAGAUUCCGCCGGAACUCUCUGGACUCUUCAAUCUCAUGUCCCUCGAUCUAUCUAACAAUGAGCUCACGGGAGAGAUACCGGAGAGUUUCUCUGAGCUAAAGGACCUAACGCUGCUAAAUCUGUUCCGAAACCAUCUCCAUGGCCCAAUCCCACCGUUCAUAGCAGAUUUCCCAAAUCUCGAGGUCUUGGAGGUGUGGGGAAACAACUUUACGGUUGAACUCCCAGGAAAUCUUGGCCUCAAUGGCAAACUCAAGAGGCUUGACGUGACAUCGAAUCAUCUCACCGGGACGAUACCUCCAGGUCUUUGUGCCGGGAAGAGAUUAGAGACCCUGAUACUGAUGGACAAUUUCUUCUUUGGAUCGAUUCCAAAUGAACUCGGUGAAUGCAAAUCGUUGAAUCGGGUCCGACUUGCGAAGAAUUUUUUGAACGGGACAAUUCCACCUGGAUUUUUCAACUUGCCUGCGGUGGAUUUGUUGGAGCUUAACGACAACCACUUCAGUGGCGAACUCCCCGACGAGAUAUCCGGUCAAAAUCUUGGUCAAUUGACGCUCUCCAACAACGUGAUUACUGGGAGAAUUCCUAAAGCUAUCGGAAAUCUGGCCAAGUUGCAGAAUCUCUUCCUCGACUUAAACCAGUUUACAGGCGAGAUUCCACAGGAGAUAUUCCAGCUCAAGCAUCUUUCCAAGAUAAACAUCAGCAGUAAUAAUCUCACAGGCUCAAUUCCGAGCACUCUCUCUCGCUGUUCAUCUCUUACAUCGAUCGAUUUCAGUCAAAACAAUCUAAUUGGAGAGAUUCCGAAUGCUAUCGGGAAACUGAACAUCCUCGGCACUCUCAACCUAUCGAGAAACCAAAUUUCUGGCCAAAUACCGAAUGGAAUUCGAUCACUAACAAGCCUCACAACACUGGAUCUCUCGUACAACAACUUGUCAGGUCCGAUUCCUGUUGGUGGACAAUUCCUCGCCUUCAACGGCAGCACUUACGCUGGAAACCCCAAUCUCUGUACUUCACUGCACCAAACCCCCUGCUCAUCUUUCCAGAGUCCGGCAGAUUCAGAACAGAGAAGGUCAUCUUCAAAGAUAAUCGUCAUCAUCGUAUCAGUACUAGGAAGUGUGUUACUUCUCACCACCGCCAUUGUAAAGAUUAAAUUGUACUCGAAGGAGCACCACAAAUCAAAGGCUUGGAAACUGACUCCAUUCCAGAAGCUUGGUUUCAAAGUCGAAGACGUAAUCGAAUGCUUGAAAGAAGAGAACAUCAUCGGCAAAGGAGGUGCUGGGAUCGUUUAUCGGGGAUCGAUGCCUGAUGGCGUAGAUGUUGCAAUCAAACGACUGGUUGGUCGAAGUAGUGGGAGAAGCGAUCAUGGAUUCUCAGCGGAAAUUAAAACUCUGGGAAGGAUUCGACACCGAAACAUCGUCAGAUUGUUAGGGUUUGUAUCGAACAACGAUACAAAUCUAUUACUGUACGAGUACAUGCCGAAUGGGAGCUUGGGAGAGAUGUUACAUGGCUCGAAAGGAGCGCAUUUACAGUGGGAGACGAGGUAUCAAAUUGCAGUGGAAGCAGCAAAAGGGUUGUGUUACCUUCACCAUGAUUGCUCUCCUUUAAUCAUCCAUAGGGACGUGAAAUCCAACAAUAUCUUGCUUGAUUCGGAUUUAGAAGCUCAUGUUGCAGACUUUGGGCUCGCCAAGUUCUUGCAGGCCUCUGGUGCGUCGGUGAGUAUGUCCUCCAUCGCUGGCUCCUACGGCUAUAUCGCACCAGAAUACGCUUACACACUGCGAGUGGAUGAGAAGAGCGAUGUGUAUAGCUUUGGGGUAGUGUUGCUGGAGCUGAUCACGGGGAGAAAGCCGGUGGGAGAGUUCGGGGAAGGGGUGGACAUAGUGAUGUGGGUGCAGAAGACGAUGUCGGAGAUAUCAAAUCCGUCGGAUGCGGCAGCGGUGCUGGCGGUGGUGGAUCCCAGGCUGAGUAGGUACCCAUUGGCUGAAGUGGUCAAUUUGUUCAAAGUGGCAAUGCGUUGUGUUGAAGAAAAAAGUCCUGAGAGGCCUACGAUGAGGGAAGUUGUUCACUUGCUCACCAACCCACCUCCGUCUCGCUCCAAUCUACUUGACCUUUGAUAAGGUUAAGGAAAGUUUGGGUGGAGGAAUUAGAAACUGACAUAUAGA